GUUGAGACCAACCUUAUAUGGACUGAUCAGUCUGGUAAUGGCUUAUUUCCCCCUAACACCCAGCAGUAGCGCAAUAUCCAUGAGCUAGAUAUACCACUUCAGUCACUUUGGCAUUCUUCCUGGACUUACUAGAACUGAUUUUUCCGCUACUUUUUUCCCCAAGCAACGGUUACCGACCGAGCCUCAUGCGUCGACUUCAGUUUACUUCGCGCUGAAACGGCACUAAUCCUGCAUGCAUUAAAUCAUCGGUGUUUUUGUGUUUUUAAACAGAGGAUUGUCAAACUGGUGCAGCAACUUGACUGCAUCAAAUGCUCCAGAACAUGUCGUUGACCAACACAAAGACGGGCUUUUCAGUAAAGGACAUUUUGGACCUCCCUGAUACUAACGAUGAAGAAGGAUCUAUCACCGGCACCGAGGAAGAUACGGAGGGUUCUGAGGCGACUAAAACGCCUGGAGUGUUAGUGCAAAGUCCUUUAGAGAAUGUUCAAAACCUGCCUUUAAAGAAUCCAUUUUAUGAUAAUAGCGACAAUCCUUAUACUAGAUGGCUCGCAACCACGGACAGCAUCCAAUACUCAUUACACGGCCUGUCCGCGAACUCUCAAGACACGUCCGCAAAAUCUCCGGAACCUUCAGCUGAUGAAUCGCCGGACAAUGACAAGGAAACUUCAAGCAACGGCAGCGACUCUGGUAAGAAGCGCAAAAGGAGGGUGCUCUUUUCCAAGGCACAAACUUACGAACUCGAGCGCCGGUUUAGGCAACAGAGAUAUCUGUCAGCCCCGGAGAGGGAGCAUCUCGCCAGUUUGAUUCGCCUGACUCCAACCCAAGUGAAAAUCUGGUUCCAGAACCACCGAUAUAAAAUGAAGAGAGCCCGGGCGGAGAAAGGUAUGGAAGUGACCCAUCUCCCUUCUCCUAGGCGGGUGGCCGUGCCAGUGUUAGUCAGAGACGGCAAACCUUGCCAUACGCUAAAAGCUCAGGACUUGGCAGCUACUUUUCAGGCUGGAAUUCCGUUCUCUGCGUAUAGCGCCCAGUCUCUCCAGCACAUGCAAUAUAACGCGCAUUACAGCGCCGCCACUACACCACAGUUCCCAACAGCACAUCACUUGGUGCAAACGCAACAGUGGACUUGGUGAACAAAUACUGACUUGCAAUGCAGGGUUGCAUUUUAAAGACCGUGGUAGGGAGCUUUCCAAACAAAAAAUACAAGACUUUUUAUUUUUGCAGCUUGACCCUUUCUCACCAAUUUAUUUUGGGGAUUGACGUGUGCGCCAUGUUUACAUGUUUUCGUUUAGAAAACCGGGUCAAGCCUCUCCCCAAAUUUAAGAAUGUUAAAGCUCUUGUGAAAUUUUGUAAAGUAUGUUUGUGUGUUGUAGAAAUGUUUUUCUUUUGUCCUUCGUGUUAUACGCACGUGCAAAACCACUUUAUGAUUAUAGAAAAUUUUAUUUCUUUCUUUUACAAUGGACCGAAUAUAUUUAUGGCCAUGAAUAAACACUGGCAAUCCUUAGCUUAUUUCAUUGGUUUGUUUUAUAUGUAAAUAUUUUGUGAUAACUGUUUGCAAUAUUAUGUUUGACCGUCCAGUAAGCUAUAUCCUAAAUAUAUGCCAUAUUUAGGGAAGAUGGAACAUCAUUGUCGACAAUAUCCCUUCUGUUAAUUUCAGCAGGUAACAACGCGCGCUGGCGAGGGAAGUCUACAGUUCUUUUUAUUAAAACUUUUAAUAAAAUUAUGUGUUUCAGAAA